AUGGACAAAGAGAUGGCUUCAGUGAGGGAGGAGUCUCACUGUGUUAUUCCAGUGAGAAUAGUAGCACGAAAGCAAAGAUGGAGGAGUGUAAGCCAAACUGAGAUCAGCAGCUCGAAUAUGUGGGGGUACAACAAGAGAUUCAAGCAUUUCAGUCCUACACAUGGGCAGACCUUCCGCAUCUAUUUCGCUCCUCCUCAUUCCCCUUCCCACAAAUUCCCCCGUGUUGUAUGCAUUGAUGAGCAGGUUCUUUACUGGCUCUCUGGCCUUACCUGUACGGACGAUAAUUUCAUAAUCAAAUCAGGAGCUCAGCGUGCCGCGGCAAUGGAGGGGAUUGCUUUGAUUGCCCCUGAUACAUCUCCCAGAGGCUUGUCUAUUGAAGGAGAAGCAGACAGCUGGGACUUCGGUGUAGGUGCCUGUUUUAAUCUCAAUGCUACCUAGGAGAAGUGGAAGAACUGGCGUAUGUAUGAUUAUGUUGUCAAGGAGUUGCCCAAACUUCUAAAUGAAAAUUUUCCACAGCUUCAUACAUUGCGGGCAUCUAUAUCUGGUCACUCAAUGGAACAUGGUGCUUUGACAAUCUACCUGAAAAACCUAGACAAUUAUAAGUCAGUAUCUGCCUUUGCACCAAUUGGGAAUCCUACCAAUUGCUCGUGGGGCCAGAAAGCUUUCUCAAAUUAUCUAGGUGGAAAUAAAACUGACUGGGAGGAAUAUGAUGCCACAUGCCUAGGUAAGAAGUUUAAUUAUGUGUCAGCCACCAUAUUAAUUGAUCAGGGGGAGGAUGACAAGGUCUUGCAUGAUCAGUUGAUGCCACACAAGUUCGCAGAGGCUUGCAGCAAUACUAAAGUUCCACUUGUACUGCGUCACCAGCCCGGAUACGAUCACUCAUACUCUUUCAUUUCAACAUUCAUAGACGAUCACAUCAGUCACCAUGCUCAAGCUGUUAAACUGCCAUGAAGGUUGUGCUUGUUAUGAAUCUAGGACCUGAGAAACCUCUAAGAACCUUGGAUCAUAUGUUCUUCCUUUGCUCUUGUAUUUGGUUUCUUUGAUGAUACAUAUUGUGAACAUGUAUUUCCAUGAUGUCAGCAUUUUAUGCCUCUGCAAUAA